AUGGUCAAAAUGAAGGCCAUUGCACGGAGCCAUGUCUGGUGGCCGGGGUUAGACGCCCAGAUUGAACAGCAGGCCAGGACAUGCUCUACGUGUCAACGGGACCAAAAGAACGCGGCGCUCUCCCCACUGCACACCUGGCCAUGGCCGGGAUCCCCAUGGCAACGGAUCCAUGUGGACUUUGCAGGGCCAUUCGAAGGACACCUGUUCUUGGUGGUGGUAGAUGCGUACUCUAAGUGGCCGGAAGUACAGGUGAUGAAAACGACGACGACGGAGAAGACUGUACUGGCCCUGAGGAGUAUGUUUGCCCGCAACGGAGUACCAGAGACACUGGUUUGUGACAAUGGGCCACAAUUCACAGCGGCAGAGUUCGGGGCAUUUCUCCGGGCAAACGGAGUGAAGCACAAAAGGUCAGCGCCGUUUCACCCCGCCACGAACGGUCAAGCAGAGCGUUUUGUGCAGACGCUGAAGCGUUCAUUGAAAGCAUCUAGGGGAACAUUUACGCUGCAACAUCGAGUGGAGGCAUUUUUACUCAGCUACAGGAAUGCGCCUCACAUGACGACGAGUGAGUCUCCGGCUAUGCUCUUCCUGCGCCGUCGGCUCCGCUCACGCUUGGACCUUGUGAAGCCGAACAUGUCGGCUACGGUGGAGCUGGCGCAGGAGGGCCAACGAGAACGCAGAGCCCUGGUGGCUAAGGAUAGACGGUUUGCAGUGGGGGAGGCCGUGCUGGUGCGUGAUUAUCGACGGGGGGAGGAGAAGUGGAUGCCUGGACUGGUGGCAUCACAAGAGGGACCGAUAUCCUACUCCGUGGAUGUGGGGGCAGGCGCGCUCUGGAGACGUCACAUAGAGCAGAUGAGAGCCGGUGACCGUGCACUGUUGGUUCCCACUGGUCCAGAGCAACCAGCUGUGCCGAGUGAACUGACAAUUGGGACCCAGCCGGUUGCUCCUCCCCCUUCUCCGACAAGAGGGGAUGCUCUGGAAACCGGGACAGUCGCCCCUGAGCCAGGAGGGUCACCCAGACGGACAGCAGAUGUUGGAGCGCCAGGCCGGAGGUAUCCACUCCGGGUUACCAGAGCUCCAGACCGCCUUAAUCUCUGA